UCGAAGCAGUCACCCGUGGACCCUCGCUUCGGUGCAAUUACUCGUGUCGUGCGCGGCCUUCCGACGAUGGCUCGCAUCGGUGUUCUGCGGCAGUAUCUGGCCACCAUUUCGGUGAACCUUCUUGGCGUGGGCUACGGAACGGUCAGCGGAUGGACGUCCUCUGCCCUGCCCACGCUGCAGUCACCGGAUGGUAGUCCGCUCGGCACGGGGCCCAUCACGCAGCAGCAGGCGUCCUGGAUCGGCGGUGUCCUUUGCCUGGGCGGUAUCGUCGGCACGCUGGUCGGGGGUCUGUUGGUCGAGCGAGUCGGUCGCAAAUGGGCGGCGUGGUUGGCCGGUUGGACACUGGUAGCCGGCUGGGUGCUGGUCAUCGUAGCGGACCGGCCCGGCUAUCUGAUGGGAACACGGUUUCUCGGUGGCUUCGCCGGAGGCGUACAGUACGUGGCGACCCCCCUCUACGUUCCGGAGAUAGCCGAAACCAGAAUCCGAGGCGCGCUAGGAUCCCUGCUCGUGCUAUCCUGUUGCGUUGGCGUCCAGCUAGCGUACCUGACCGGGGCUCUGUUACCGUACGCAACCAUACCCUGGAUUUGCCUGUCGGUGCCCGUGGUUUUCCUCGCCGGCUUCGCGUUCAUUCCGGAAUCACCGUACUAUCUAUCAAAAAUGCAACAGCACCAGGCUGCCGAGGACUCGCUGCGCUACUUCCGAGCGGUCCGCAAGGACGGCACGGUCUUAACCACGUCGGACGGGUUCGAGCGGGAGCUGAGUCAACUCCGGAGCUUGCAGAGUGACCCGAAGGGCACCAAGCCGCACGAUCCGCUUCGAUGGGCAGAUUUCAAUACCAAUCACGCCCGCCGGGCCUUCCUGAUCUGCCUGGUCCUUAUGGCCCUGAACCAGUUCUGCGGUUGCUUCUACAUGAUGAACUAUGCGGAGUCGGUUUUCGCCAACUCCGGCGCCGGGUUCGGUCUGCCGGCCCGCUACUCCGUCAUCGUCGUCGGUCUGAUCCAACUUUGCGGCUGCUACACCUCAACGCUGCUGGUGGACCGCACCGGGCGCAAGCUGCUGCUGGUCAUCUCGUGCACCGGAGUGGCCCUGGGGCAAACCGUAUUCGCCGCCUAUUGUUACGGGCAGGCUGUGAUGGGCUACGAUCUGACAAUGGUCGCCUGGUUGCCGCUGGUGUGCUUCUCGGUUGUAAUCUUCGUCGGUUCGCUGGGUGUCCUGUCGUUGCCGUUUGUGGUGCUCGGAGAAAUCAUGCCCCAGAAGAUCAAAGGAUUCGCUACCACGUUCUGCAUGACCAUCAAUUGGACGUUUGCGUUCGUAGCGCUCAAGUAUUUCUCCGCCAUCGGGAUCGUGUUCGGAAUGCACGGAUUGUUGUGCGUUUUUGCCAUUUGCUCCCUGGUCGGAGCAGUGUUCGCCGCUUACGUAAUACCGGAAACCAAAGGAAAGGACUUCGAUGAAAUCAGAACCAUGAUGGACAAGUGAGGAGAAAAUUCGCAUGAACAAUAAACUAACGACGAGCGGACGUGACGCGAGCGGAUCGAAGCUAACAAACUACCGAAGCAACGGAACACUUGAAACAACUUCAUAUACGAGCGAGAGAUGCUCGAGCAGACGGCAAACAUUAAUUAAUGGCGGUAAUCUUUAAAAUAACAUCAUCACCUUCGGGAAAGCAGGAAGCGCGUAGUCACGUUCCGGUGAUUCAUUGAUUAAUGCUCUGUGGGGUUGUACUGCUGCUUCCGAUGUACUGCUGCUGCUGCUGCCGCCGCUGCAGACUGGAUGCUGUGGACCUCGCCGGAUGGCGUCUCGCCGCGCACAAUUCAUUGUCCACGUAAUGAGCACUUAAUUCGUUAAGGCGAAGCACUUUCGAGAAACGUGCCGUGAAUGCUGAUUCACGGCGACAGCAUACAGUGACUUUCAACAACAGUGGCCUCGUGAUAAGCCCUUGGGAAUCGUUGUAGUUAUCGGCGGGAAUCGCUUAAAUGGCCAGUCAAUUAUGAAACCAGUUCCAAAAAUACAACCCCUUAG